GUCACCGAAUAAAUUCUGGAGAUGGUGGAGAUUUUGUAUUAUGUCAUAAACUUUGUGAAGGCAUAGGUCGACACAGACAUAUUGACUAUUGUAGAGAUUCAGAAGUUUGUAAAAACAUUGGAAAAAAUGAAGGCUCAUAUGAGCAUAUAAAUG